CACUGGCAUAGUUCACAGAGACAUCACAGAUCUCCCAGUUGUGGAAUACGUGGCCCACAUCUGAGAACGGUGUGUGUAUGACUGCUUAGGCCAGAAGAGAGAGAUGGACAUCCUGGAGACAAGUGCCUAUGACCGCAGACAACGCAGAAACACGUGCUGUGUACUGUUUCUUCACCUCCUCCCUUUUUUUGCAUCCUGCACAAUAUACUUCUAUUUGUGGAUCCCAGACUCCGCCCCCUCUCUUCUAGCUGCUGGCAUAAAGGCUGCUCCAAUCCUCUCGCUGGUCUUUCUGGUGUUCAGCUAUAAUGGGGGACGGAGUCUCAUGGGUGUGGCCGGAGGGUUGCUGCUCUCAGCGGGCGGAGACGUUUGCCUUAUUUGGCCAGAACUUUUUAUCCAUGGAAUGGGCUGUUUUGCUCUGGCCCACUUGCUUUACUCUGUCACCUUUCUGUCCUCACGAUAUUCUGCAACAUCUUCGUCUUACUCAUUCUUUUUCUUCUACCUCAUCCUGUGGUUAAUCGGUGGUGGACUUUAUGUUUACCUGGUGCCCUUCCUACAGCUUGACACAGAAGCUGACGUCCUCGUCCCAGCCAUAGGGGGUUAUGUGCUGCUCAUUGUCAUCAUGGCCACACUGGCUGCCCGUACACGGCGGCCGCUCAUCCUGCUGGGCAGCCUGGUCUUCAUGGCUUCUGACCUCACAAUUGCACUGACAAAGUUCAAUGUCGUUGAUCUUGAAUACAAAAGGCACAUUAUUAUGACAACAUACUACCUGGCACAACUGAUGAUUGCGCUGGGUGACGUGAAAGCAGUGCUGGAGGAGGAUGCUGAUGAUAUCCACAAGUGGAAGAGAUCAUAAAACUGCUGUGAACUCAGGAUAUUGGUUCAGUGAUGCCGCACAAACACUACAUUGUGUAUCAUCAUCACUGAGAAGGGUUGAUUACGGCAUAAAAUGAGGCAUAUUUCACAGUAAAUGCACAACUACUAUGUGGACAUGACUUAUAUCCCUAAAUAUCAGAAAUAUUAUAUAGUCUGACCUAACAACUGAGACUUCUAGUUUCUCUACAGCAGCUGUAAACUUAUCACAAAAGACUGAAAGUGCUGAUAUGAACUGAUUUUAUUCCAUUUAAGGGGAGACACUACAGGCAAAAACACUGUUUUUUCAGGCACCUGUCAAUUUUGAGAUUUUGCACUUUUUGGCUUUUCAUAAAGUGUUUUUUCAGACUGGUGGAAAGAAAACAUCCAAAAUACAUUUUUAAGUGUAUAUCUUAUAGCACUUUAUCUAUUUGCGUCUAUAGAUUUCAAUUACAGUAAAUAUCUUUAAAGGCCGUUUUCUCAAAAUGAGUUUUUUCUCCUGCUCUGAGUCAGAAAUCUCCACUUCAGCAGAACUUAUAUACACCAACUUUACAGUUUUAUUCCUAUUUAUAUUCUGAAGGCUUUUACAGAGGGAUUUGUUGAUAUAUCAUUUCUAUCCUGAGUUAUAGGUCCUUUUACUCAAAAAAACAUGGCGAAAAUAGAUUUUUUAAGGCUAUUGUCAGUAUUCUCUAAUUUACUAAAGCACAAAAUAAGAUAUCCAGAAUCCCCUCUGUAAAAGCCCUUUCAUCUAAUAUGUCAACAAAUAGAACCAAGAAUUUUAAACCUGGACCUUUCCAAUUUCCAGAUUUUGUUUUUGGAAAUGUAUGCAAAUUAGCAUAUAUUUAAGUAUAUAAGGCCUCAUUUGCAUAUUAAACAUAAAUUUAUUCAAAACUUGUAAUACAUUUUUUUUCUUAUGUUUAUGCCAGUAAUAAACUGGAGAAGUUUCACAGUGAUAUCUUCUAAUUUAAAAAAAAAUCCCUAUUCACCUGUAGUGUCUCGCCUUAAAUGUAAUAAAUGAAGUUUUAUUUUGUCCAACAACACAAAUAUUUAUGCUCAGAUGCUUCACAUUAAAAUUAUGCUAUUUCUAGA